UGCAAUAGGACGGUCGCAUCUCAUAGGUGAUGGGUCGAGUUGAGUGGGGCCAAUGCUGGCCCGUAUAAAAGGGGGCCUCAAGUCAUCCACUGAGCAUCAGUCCUCAAAUCAAGGAACAGCAGCAACCAUGAGGGCAUUCGUGAUAUUAGCGCUCGCCACUGUGGCGAUGGCGCGACCGGAAGCGCCAGGCGGGUAUUCCUAUAAUCAGCCAAGUGGAAGCUAUGGAGCACCCGGAGGCGGUGGCGGUGGUGGUGGUGGUGGCGGCAGUAGCUUUGGAAGCAUUGGAGGCGGUUUGGGAGGUCUUGGAGGUGGAUUAGGAGGAUUGAGCGGUGGACACGGAGGUGGUUUCAGUGGUGGAAGUGGUCUUGGAGGUGGUAGUGGAUUUGGAGGUGGAAGUGGAUUUGGAGGCGGUAGUUUCAGUGGUGGCAGCAGUGGAGGAUCAUUUGGACACGGUGGUGGUGGUGGUGGAUCCUUUGGCGGUGGUGGCGGUGGAUCAUCAUUUGGAGGUGGCUUUGGAGGUGGUUCCCUCAUUCAAAAGCACAUCUACGUUCAUGUUCCUCCACCAGAGGCACCCGAGGAUCGUCCAAUCAGACCAAUUGCCCCUGUUGCGCCAUCGCAGAAACAUUAUAAAAUCAUUUUCAUCAAGGCACCAACUCCACCAACUCCAACUGCUCCAGUAAUUCCCGCCUUCCAACAAGACGAACAAAAGACACUCAUCUAUGUGCUUGUCAAGAAACCCGAAGAGGCUCCAGAAAUCAAUUUACCCACAAUCACACCAACUCAACCCAGCAAACCCGAAGUUUACUUCAUCAAGUACAAGACCCAGAAGGAAGUGUCUGGUGGUGGAUCCGGAAUUGGAGGUGGAAUUGGAGGAAUUGGAGGAGGAUCAGGAAUUGGUGGUGGAUCUGGAAUUGGCGGUGGAUCUGGUAUUGGUGGUCUUGGUGACGGUGGACAUGGAGGCAGUGGAAUCGGUGGAACAGGACCAAGUGGACCAAGCGGAAGCUAUGGACCACCCGGUGCAUCCGGCCCCUACUAGUCAAUUAUCAUUCCUUGCCCUCUAUCCUUCUCCGUUCACUAUUGUCACAAUCACCCCACAAUCACCACGUACACGUACGCACACACAAGCACACCACGUACAUGUGACGCGAGAAUUUGUAAAAUAAUGACGAUCCGAAAAGAUCUACGUCUUUCUACUUUAAUACGACUGUACUAUAGUAUGAGCGAACGCACGACGAUGCUACUUGAUGAUGAUGAUGAUGAUGAUGAUGAUAAUAAUAAUGUUAAUGAUGAUGAUGCUGAUGUUGACGAUGCGGAGUUUUUUUAUAUAUAUAUUAUAUAUUUUUUGCAAGAAAACGGUGGCGAAAUAAAGCAUUUUUUUAUGUAUUUUUUUACAUAAAAUA